GCGUGGAGCUUGAGACUGGUCAACAUGUUUCAAAGUCGCGACUUCCUGUACCCGCUUUCACCGUGUAGGCCGACCAUUGACAGAGAAAAAAAGGUGUCGGAGCGUGGUUCUAGUGAGCUCCUGCAGGACAACACCUGCUGUGAACACGGCGUAGAGGAUGACAGUGUGCGAUCUGUGCACAAAGAAAAAGACUUCAUUGCUUUUCUUUCCAGCACCCCAGAUACUGUCUCAUACAGACAAAGAGAUCGUGGGUCUUUUCUUAUUCAGUAUAUUGUUGAGGUGUUCAACACCUUUGCACAUAAGGAUGACAUUGAGGAACUUUUCAGAAAAGUAAGUUUUACAAGUGUAAAGUGUCAUCAGGGUGUGGAACAUGGAGUGUAAUGGCCACUCACUACAGUGAUGUAGUGGAAGUAAUAUCAGUUGUGCAG